AUCUCACAAUGGCAUCGGAUGAUAAUAUUGGAGAUGAAGCUAGAGAAGUACUGGCUGCUCAAGCACAUAUAUGGAACCAUACAUUCAACUACAUCAGCUCCAUGUCUCUCAAAUGUGCAAUUCAACUUGGAAUUCCAGAUAUCAUCCAUAGCCAUGGCCGACCAAUGAUGCUCUCCGAUUUGGUGAAUGCCCUCCCAAUCAACAAAGCCAAAGGGCAGGAAUGUAUUUACCGUCUCAUGAGUAUUCUAGUCCAUGGAGGCUUCUUUAUUCAAACCAAGAUUAACGAUGAAGAAGGUUAUUUACUUACUCCGACUUCACGUCUCCUCCUUAAAGACGAGCCUUUGAGUUUGGUCCCUUUUGUGCAAAUGCAAUUAGAUCCAAUUAUAAUGGAUUCAUCGCACUCACUCAGCGAAUGGUUCAAGAAUAGUGACUCGACUCCGUUCAAGACGGCUCAUGGCAAGCCGUUUUUCGAAUAUGCAGGGGUUGAAUCUAGGUUUAACCAUUUAUUUAAUGAAGCCAUGGCUAGUGAUGCCCGAUUGGUCAUGAGUGUGUUGAUUAAAAAUGGUAAGGGAGUUUUUGAAGGAUUGAACUCAUUGGUGGACGUUGGAGGCGGCACUGGAACCGUCGCUAAAGCUAUUGCUCACGCAUUUCCUGAAAUAGCCUGCAUUGUUUUCGAUCUGCCCCAUGUAAUUGAAGGAUGUGAAGGGAGCAAGAACCUGAGCUAUGUCGCAGGAGACAUGUUUAACUCCAUUCCUUCUGCCGAUGCAAUUUUACUAAAGUGGAUAUUACAUGACUGGAGCGACGAAGAUUGUAUCAAAAUAUUGAAGAAAUGUAAAGAAGCAAUUCCAAGUAAGGAGAAUGGAGGAAGGCUAAUCAUCAUUGACAUGGUAUUGAUGGAUCAUAACCUACAGAAAGGAGACCACAAGUCAUACGAGCUGACCCAACUUUCCAUCGACAUGCUCAUGAUGGCUGUCGCUUCCGGAAAAGAAAGAAGUCAAGAAGAUUGGGCAAAACUCUUCUCUGAUGCCGGCUUUAGCGACUAUAAGAUAAUUCCUAUAUUGGGGUUGAGAUCUAUUAUUGAGGUUUAUCCUUAAAUCUACUCAAGUUCAAAAUACAAUGGAAGACCGGGAAGAUAUAUAAGUUGUCCCAAGUCAUUUCUCUCGAUGCCUCCUUAUAAGUUGUCCCAAGUCUUAACUAUUAAUGGCAAAACAGCAAACGGCGCUGCAGAGCCAAAUUCUGAUAUGAUUAUGCACUGCCAUAAACUGGCCAACUAGUAAACAAAUUGAAGCUAGCUUCUGUGCUUCAAAUAAAGCUCUGGUAUGAUAUUUUAGGAUGUCCGACAAGUAAAUUGGCCGAGACUUUCCAAUUUGUCAAAAUCUCGUUUUUUACUGUUUUUCUUGUCUUCUGCUGUAGCCUGUAAUUCUCGCCCUUAACAGAUCUAGGGUCCAUUUAGUCUGAUAGUCUCUGAGACAACAAAUUAAUUAAAGAGAAAAUUGAAUUCA